UUUUGGCUUUGCUAUGUUUUAGUGGAAUAUUUUGGUUUGCUUUUAGAUAUCGUAAAAAGAGUAGAUCCAAUCCAGAACUCUUUGAUCCGUUUGAAGUGCUUUUUGAUGACAUUUCCCUGGAUAAGAUUAUUGGAGAAGGAGCUUUUGGGAAAGUAUACAGUGGCAGGCUUUUAAAACAACCCAUACAGGUUGGAAAAGGAAGGAAAUCUUCCCAGAGUAAGACUGAUAAGGAGCAGCAGCAUAUGAAGAUGGUCCUGACCGUUGCUGUGAAAAUGUUACAAAAUGGUGCCGCAGAAGAACAAAUGCAAGAUUUCCUAGAGGAAAUACAGCUCAUGAAACAAAUCGGGUAUCACCGGAACAUAUUGAACUUAUUGGCCUGCUGUACUAUGACAAAUCCCAUGUUCCUUGUACUGGAGUUUGCAAAGAAUGGGGAUUUACUUCACUACCUCAGGAAAAGAAGAGAUCAGAUCAAACAAGCUUUUGAAGAGACGGAAGAUGCAGCGCCUCAUCAUCAAACCGAAGGAGUCAUAAAUGAAGGGAGCUUAUAUGAAGUAAUUAGUAGUUGCACCCUUUGUUCCAUGCAAGAAGAGAGACUGAGGUAACCAGUAGUGGACUGGAGUGCAAAUCCUCCAGUCCCUCCUACUAGAUGGAUUUGUGUUCGGUAGUGCCGAAUUCAACUCCUUCUCGCUUUGUGAAUAGCACUGAAUUCUCAGAACUUACUCUGAAUAUAACGUCCAUUCUGCUGGUAGAUUAUUUUGAUUUCAUGCAUUUGAUUAGAAGGAGUUGUUUGAAUUUGUCUCCUUUCAGAA